AAAACAAAUCUUGCACCUUUUUUGACUAUUCAGUAUCUCCAUUAAGUGGAAGGUAGCUCACCUUCUUCGAGUCAGAGAUUUGACCAUUAGCUUUCUUUAUCAAAAUUCUCGAGGAUCUGUGUCUCUUAAUGAGCUUUGGGGUUUAGAAGAAGAAGAUGGAUCUGUCUUCUCAACGACAAUCCCCGAAUGGGUCAACAGGUUUUCGCCUUCAAGCUCCACUGGUGGACUCUGUUUCUUGCUACUGCAGAGUAGAUUCAAGUCUCAAAACCGUUGUAGAAGCAAGAAAGUUCGUUCCUGGCUCAAAGCUCUGUAUCCAACCCAACAUCAACCCCAAUGCUCACCGUCCUAGCAAGAACUCUAACCGAGAGAGGACAAGAAUCCAACCCCCGCUUCUCCCCGGCCUCCCUGACGACCUAGCCGUCGCUUGCCUCAUCCGCGUCCCUCGUGCAGACCAUAGAAAACUCAGACUCGUGUGCAAGAGCUGGCACAGGCUUGCCUCUGGGAACUUCUUCUACUCCGAGAGGAAGUUACUUGGGAGGUCCGAAGAAUGGGUUUACGUUUUCAAAAAGGACCGUGACGGGAAGAUCUCCUGGAACGCGUUUGAUCCCGUCUCUCACCUUCCUCAGCCUCUUACGCCUCUUCCUAGAGAGUAUUCAGAAGCUGUUGGGUUUGGUUGUGCUGUUUUGAGCGGGUGUCGUCUUUACUUGUUUGGAGGUAAGGAUCCGCUUAGAGGAUCAAUGAGGAGGGUCAUCUUCUAUAACGCUAGAACAAACAAGUGGCAUAGGGCACCAGACAUGCUUAGGAAGCGACACUUCUUUGGUUCAUGUGUCGUUAACAAUUGCUUGUAUGUAGCGGGUGGGGAGUGUGAAGGGAUUCAUAGGACGCUGCGGUCAGCUGAGGUUUAUGAUCCGAACAAAAACAGGUGGAGUUUCGUUGCUGAUAUGGGGGCAUCAAUGGUGCCUCUUAUCGGUGUGGUUUAUGAUAACAAGUGGUUUCUCAAGGGUCUUGGGUCUCACCAACAGGUCAUUUGUGAAGCUUAUGACCCUGAAGCUAACUCAUGGAGUUUGGUCAGUGAUGGGAUGGUUACUGGUUGGAUAGACCCGUGUGCUUGUUUUAACGGUCGUCUUUACGGGUUGGAUUGUAGGGAUGGGUGUAAACUCAGGGUGUUUGAUGAGUCCAGGGAUUCAUGGAUCAAGUUUAUGGAUUGUAAAGUUCACUUGGGGAACUCGUGGCCUUUUGAAGCUGCGGCUCUUGUUCCGUUGAACAAUAAGCUUUGUAUAAUCAGGAACAACAUGAGCAUGAGUCUGGUUGAUGUAACGAAUCCAGAUAAGAACAGCACUCGGCUAUGGGAGAACAUUGCGGUGAAAGGAGAGUCCAAGAGCAUUCUAAGUAAUAUAUGGUCGAGUAUAGCAGGAAGAGCUGUGAAAUGCGAUAUCGUGCAUUGCCAAGUGCUUCAAGCCUGACAAAGAAGAGAAGCAACUCUUAUUAACUGACUCAAGAAAUGUUUCAGAUAUUGAGAGAAUCUUCGUCACCAUCAUCAUUGACCAAAUGAAUCUGCAGAGGCUUCAGAACUUAUGUCUGGUCUUAACAGUCAUACAAGAGUAAUAAGAACAGACAUGACCAUCUCUUCUGGUGUUGUGAAUCUUUGUAAGUAUUUAUAGGAAGGUUAUCAAUUUUUAUAAUCUUUAUGUUGACAUUUUAUUUUAUUUUGUGGAUUUGUAAACAUUUAUAUGAUAUAUUAUGUAGUGUAGGAUGA